AUGGAUUUAGUCCAAACCUUAGCAUCACAGAUACCAAGCAUCAAUUUCCGACAUCUAUGUAGAAAGGAUCUCAAGCAUGACGACGCCUUGGCAUAUAUAUCAUCCAUGCUAAAACAUGAAAGCGUUAAAGCCAUAAAAGUGACAAGAGUAUACGAACCUUCGGUCACUCCACAGAAGUCCUUCGCUACAAAUCGUGAAGACGAUAUAUGGGAGGACAUUGCUGACGAUGACGUUGGGGAAGAUAUUGCCGAAUACUUCAUCGAAGAUGAUAUCAUGACAAGAGCGAACGAAGAUGAGGACUUCAGCAACGAGGAGGACUGGAGAACCGAGGUUCACCUUUAUCGUAAAGAAGGCACACUACCUGCAGACUUGAAGAAAGCCAGAAAGAUACAAUCAAAGGCAGGGAGAUACGAUAUUCGUGACGGAGUCUUGUACAAGAAAUCCUUCCUCGGAGCGCUACUACGAUGCCUAUCAAGAGAGGAAGGACACCGUGUUUUGAAAGACAUACAUUAUGGAGACGCAGGUAACCAUAGUGGAAUGAGAUCACUGAAGGAUAAAGCAAAGAUGCAGGGAUACUAUUGGCCACAAAUGAUACGAGAUUCCGCAAGGAUGUACAGAAGAUGCGAGGAGUGCCAGCGGUUUUCUAAGAGGAUUCAUGCUCCUGCAAUGAAGCUAAACUCGGUAGAUAGUCCUUGGCACUUUUCAAAAUGGGGGAUAAAUAUCGUUGGACCACUGAUCGAAGGGUCAGGGAAAAUAUGA